AUGGCCUCGACCAAGGUCUACUCAUACUUGGACGAUGAUAGUACACCAUUCCUGACCAGCGUACCAGUCUCGGCGGAUCAGAUUACACUUGGCGACUUCAAAAAAGCCAUGCCCAAGCGAAAUCUGACGUAUUCGCAAAAAGUUUUUGACGAAAGUGUGAAAAAGUAAGGGAGAUUUAAGUUUUCUUUAUUAUGAUGUUUUUUUUCAAGUCCUUGGGUAUCUUUAAAUGUAUAUUACAUUGGUAUUGAACUAUUUAAACUUUUUUUAAUAAGAAAUCGUUUUAGACAUGUCAAACGAACGCUGCACGACGAUUCAGAGCCUCUUCAGACAAAUGAAAAUGGUGUAAUUGAGUUGUUCUUAACUUCAAAUGGGCCAUUGGCACCAGUCAAGAAUGGUAGACGUUAUAAUAAUCUUCCUCCUCAUCUAGCUGCUUAUGGGGUAAGUAAAGUUUUUUUUAGUUGAUUUUGACGUUUAGGUCGGGGAUUUGGAUGUUUGUGGCGGUCAACGGGUAUCAAUGGUAACCGCUGAACCCUCUAUAUCUGGUGCUGGGAGUUAUUUAAGCAGUAAGUUAUUUAAACUAGCUUAUUUAGCGAUUAAACUGUUAGUCUUAUAGGUAUUCAUACCUAAAUUUAAUAGAAUUUUAAUUUUUUCCAGAUAAAACUAAAAUAACUUGAAUUUAGAGCGAGCUGGUGAACAGUUAGCAAGUAUAGACAAUACCUCAGCUUCCGAAGACCCAUACGUGUUUGAGCAGAGCAGUUGUGCAGAUCAGUCCUCAGAUUAUCUACGAGUAAUGAAUACAGCAGAUUAUACUCGCAGGCGGAAGAAACGUGAACGCUAUAGGAAGCCAUAUGUUCCCAGUACAAUAUCCUCGGCAUCUGGAAUGUCCUCAGUACCUCAGGUGACCGAAAUCAUGCUCGACAUGAGGGAACAUCCACUUGGAAUUGAUAUUGGCAUGUGUGAUGGAGCUGUUCUGAUUACUACGAUUGCCAAGAGUAAGAUAUUUGUUUUUUUGUUUGAAAUUUUGGGUAAUGCGGAAUAUAAGAAUGCUGAAGCAGAAGUAAUAGGUGUUUACUUUUUUUAUAGCUUGUGUAUGUAUGGUAACCUUUAUUUCAUUUUAGACAGUGCAGCAGACCGAUGUGGAGCUCUAGGUGUUGGAGAUCAGAUAGUUCAGGUUGAUAACACAUCUUUUGAAGAAUUGACAGAUGAACAAGUAGUCAGUUUAUUAAGGAAGGUAUCUAAUCAAAAACGAAUGGUUCGGAUUGUCGUAGCGCGAUACAAACGAGAUUCAGAUCAACGUUCCGAUGCGUUGAGUGCUUUGUGUGAAACUGCCGAAAUUGAUGUGUCUUUGUGGGUUGAGGCGACAAAGUAAGUCUUAAGUAUAUAAAAAUAUGUUAUAAAAGAAUAUUUAUAAUUUUUUAGAAGUUCCAUUUUUGCUGCUUAAACCAUAAACCUAAAUUUCAGACAAGCAGGACAAGAUUUACCCUUCGAUGAUUACCAUCCAAAUCCAAAUGCUUCAGCUCAUGUUAAUGAAGCGGCAGACGAGACGUCAGAUGAAGAGAGGGCGGCAUACGAUGAUCGAAGGAAUGGUAUUGGAGCUCAUUUUGUACCUCAAGUAAAACUAAUGCGAGCGAUACAACAACGAGAUAUCAACGGAGUUAACGGACAGCCACAAGACUUGCCUAAUGAUGAAAACGGUAAUUUAAUUUUUUGAGUUUAAUUUUAUAUUUAACGUGACAAAAAUUUAAAAUUACUAGAUAAGGACUAUUACACUAUAAAAAAUACUUACGUACGAUCAUGGAAUAUAUUUUUAAAAUUUCAGAACGACAAAUUCGUUUAUCGUCCUCAGACCCAAUGGAGAUAAUAAUAAGGCAAAUGGCUCGGCUGGAUAGUGGACUAAAAGUAAAGGACCGAAAAUGGCUCAAGAUUCCAAUUCCAAUGUCUUUUAUUGGUCACGAACUGGUAAACUGGCUUCUGGAGAACGUGGAUGGUUUAGACAAUCGAAAACAGGCCAGGAACUUUGCCAAACAGCUACUAGAGAAAGGGUUUAUAAAACACGCUGUUAAUAUGAAUUCUUUCAGUGAGAAAUGCUACUACAAGUUUCAGGGUAUGGUAAUUUUGAAAUGUUUUUGGGUUUUAGAUUAAAAUAGGAAAGUUAGACAAUCUUUUUUACCAAAAAAUUGUUUAAAUAUGAUAACAGAGGUGUAAGCUAUUAAUGAUUGAAAAUUGUGAUAUUGUUACCUAUUUUAUUCUUUGUAAUAUUUUUUUGUCUAUAACAUCGAAUAUUUUAGAGAAAAUCUGUGAAGAACGAUUGCUAAUGGAACAACAGGCCAAAAUGAACACUGUAGACAGUCCAACAGAGAUUACCUACAUGAGUGGGCCUUCCUCACCACAUCAACCUCAUAGGCAAAUCCUCAAUAACUAUCAUUCCGGUCCUUUAGAUGGUAAGUCUAACAUUAAGUUUAGAAAAAAUGUUUUGUAAAUGUAGCUAGCUAUAGCUGUUUUAUAAAAAAGUAACUAUUAGAUUAUUACGCGGUUUAAUUUUUUACAAAAAGUAAAAUUUUUGGGGCAAAAUGAUAUUAUAAUUGGCGAAGCAGAUAUAGACGUUUUUAAUAUAAAUAAUAGCUUUCUGGCAUGCUUUUUUUUAUGAAAAAUCUGAACCCAUCAACAUUUUGCCAUUUUCAGUCCUCCAACAACGCCAAAUCAACUUCUCGGGCACCCAGCCCCCCUCCACCACCUCGCCUCAACCCUCAAAUGAACUCAAAAUUCCAACCCAGCCUCCCGCCCCCUUCAACAUUACCCCUCAACUCGACCCAAGCUCAACGUACCAUCAACACGACCACGGUCGACCUCUCCAAAUGGGAAUUCAGCCCCAUUCCAGCGCGACCGUAUCAUCGCGACUGCGAAACCAACUCGGGUAUCUACGACGUAGUGAAACAGUGAUAUAUUUUGUAUUUUUGAAAAUUGUAACUUUGAAUAUAUCGAACUAA